AUGGUCAAACGCAAGCGGAACUUGACCGAAGAUCCGGAAACCUUACCGGCCUCAAAUGGCUCCGACUCGAAGGAGCCAGCCGUGCUUGAUGUUUUGCCGGGGAUCACCCGAAAGAUCACAGCAUGCGGUGCAUGUAGGAAACAGAAGAUAAAAUGUGAUAUGACCAAUGGCGCACCCUGCAAAAGAUGUCGUACUCGUGGUCUCUCUUGUGUCCUCAAUAAAAGUCUGCAGUCGCUGGUUGAGGAAGUCAAGAAUACCGAGGUUCUACAAUGUGAUAUAUCGGGACUCCAUCAAUCCUUAGACAACAUCUGUCAGCACCUCAAUCUGCCCCGACCAAAGGCUCUGCUAUCGUCAUCGACUGGGGAUGUGAUCACUAUAGGUGAGACGAGGAAUGAAAAUGAUGAUCCAGAGCGAGGUGAUGAGGAUUGGGAUGGUUGUGAAAUAUCUCCGCCCGAUACUCCGUCUGCUGUUCACGCCCCGAUCGACACGUAUCUCGAUAUUGCCAGGCUAGGGAGCCCAGGGUCUUCUGAGAACACUCCACCAAGUACAACGCGACACAAGCAACAUUCUUCCCCACAAGAUCUUGUCAGCAAAGGGAUCAUCACUGCCGCAAUCGCAGAUAUUUUGGUGGAGCGAUACUUUGCACGGCUGGAUCCAUAUCUAUAUGGGAUAGGCAGUGGAUAUCAAAGUUCGCAGCAGAUCCGUGACAGCUCUCCAAUUUUGUUUGCUGCUAUCUGCACAGUAUCAGCACUACAGGAUCCUCAAGGGCAGCGCAUUUACGAGGUAUGCAAUCGCGAACUCCGCCGUCUGGCGUCGCGGUCACUAUUUGAAAAGCACGAUAUCGAACAUAUUCGUGCAUUAUGCAUAAGUUCAUUCUGGCUGUCAGAUGCGUCGCGGAUUCUAUCUAGUGAUGCUAUUCGUCGCGCAGCGGAUAUGCGCCUGCAUCGCAGCUUUGAUCAUCUUUCAGUUCCAAUAGAUCAUCGCUUGAUGGCUAAUAAUAAUGGGCCAUUUCAGUCCAUGCACGAUACUGCAGCACUACAAGACCGCGUAAGGCUUUGGUAUCUCACAUUCAUAUCUGAUCAACACCUUUCUAUUCUUCACAACCGAGACCCGCUACUCCGCAGCGACAAAGAAAUUGCACUGAACGCAGAUAUCUUUCUUUCUCGAGAGAACACAACAGACUGUGAUGUGCGGAUAAUAUCUCAAGUCUCCUUACUAGUAAUCAUGAGUCAAGUCCGAGACCUCCUAGGAUCAGAUCAAGAAACCCGAGUGCCACAGUCAUUGUCAAACCAAAUCAUUCACUAUUCACGACAACUUGACCGAUGGUUCACAAAGUUCUCUGCACUCUUCAAGCCGGAUCCCCGUAUCGGUGAUUUUCCCAAACGCGGUUUACAGAUGCAUUACCAUUUUGGGAAGCUUUAUCUCGGACAUCAGGUAUUCAAAGGCUUAAACGGCGAGACUAUCCCACCAUAUUUCUUAACAGCAGCUAGUAUGGCUCAUGAAGCUGCCGUUGCAAUAUUCGAAAUGAUUCUGCACGAAGAUCUUCAACAGAAUCUCGUUGGAAUGCCACAUUAUUUCCACAUUAUGAUUGCGUUUGCGGGUCAUUUUUUGCUCGAGGUAUCUCAAGAUUACUAUUCGCAGUUGUCUUUCGCGCCUGAUCAGAACUUCGAGUUGAUCCAGAAAGUGCUUGAGUUAUUCCAGGAUAUACCUGCUGUUCAGCAGCAUCCGAUUUGCAGAAUGACCCCCGGCUUGACGAGGAAAUUACGAGAGUGUAUCAGUGUGUUGCAAAGGGAUGGGCAUUUACUUUCCUCAAUUGGAGAUGGAGCGGGCUCAAUGAACUAUACUCAAGACGCUGCUGAUAUGCCGCCACCGAGCUCAUUCCCCUUUUCUGGCGAAUCACUGGUGGCUCCUGUAGAUGACUUUUUGUUGGCGGACUUUGGCGAGUUCACGUUUCCGGGAAUGAUGUCUAAUGAUAUUUGA